CCCGGCCUGCUGCUCCGCCUUAAUCCCCAUCUAACCCCAGGAUUUGUCCUCCUCCACCCAGCCGCCAAACCUUCUCGAAGCUUCCCCACCCCGACCCCGCCCCGAUCCGAUCGGACCGCCCGCCCGCCAUGGCCGACGAGGCGAAGGCCAAAGGUAAUGCGGCCUUCUCGGCAGGCCGCUUCGAGGAGGCGGCGGGGCACUUCUCCGACGCCAUCGCGCUCGCCCCCGCCAACCACGUUCUCUACUCCAACCGCUCGGCGGCGCUCGCCUCGAUCCACCGCUACUCCGACGCGCUCGCCGACGCCGAGAAGACCGUCGAGCUCAAGCCCGACUGGGCCAAGGGCUACUCGCGCCUCGGCGCCGCCCACCUCGGCCUCGGCGACGCCGCCAGCGCCGCCGCCGCCUACGAGAAGGGCCUCGCCCUCGAUCCCAGCAACGAGGGCCUCAAGGCCGGCCUCGCUGACGCCAAGAAGGCUGCCGGCGCCCCGCCGCGCCGCGCGCCGUCUGGCGGCGCCGACGCCAUCGGCCAGAUGUUCCAGGGCCCCGAGCUCUGGACCAAGAUCGCCUCCGACGCCGCUACGCGCGCCUAUCUCGACCAGCCCGACUUCAUGCAGAUGCUGCGGGAGGUGCAGCGGAAUCCCAGCAGCCUCAACACGUACCUGUCCGACCCGCGCAUGAUGCAGGUGCUCAGCCUCAUGCUUAACAUCAAGAUCCAGACGCCCCAGGACUCCGAUUUUUCGCAGUCUUCCUCGCCGUCGCAGCCGCCACCGCAGCAGCAGAAGCAACAGCCUGAGACAAAGGCGAGGGAGAUGGAGCCUGAGCCACAACCGGAGCCGAUGGAGGUGUCUGAUGAGGAGAAGGAGCGGAAGGAGAGGAAAGCUGCUGCUCUGAAGGAGAAGGAGGCAGGGAAUGCAUCCUACAAGAAGAAGGACUUUGAGACGGCGAUCCAGCAUUACACAAAGGCCUUGGAACUUGAUGACGAGGACAUCUCCUACCUCACUAACCGAGCAGCGGUGUACAUCGAAAUGGGCAAGUACGAUGAGUGCAUUGAGGACUGUGAUAAGGCUGUGGAGAGGGGAAGAGAACUUCGUGCUGAUUUCAAGAUGGUUGCAAGGGCACUAACAAGAAAAGGAACUGCUCUGGCCAAACUUGCUAAGAACUCGAAGGACUAUGAUAUUGCCAUUGAGACUUUCCAGAAGGCUCUAACUGAGCAUCGGAAUCCAGACACUCUUAAAAGGUUAAAUGAGGCUGAGAAGGCAAAGAAAGACUUAGAGCAACAAGAGUAUUAUGACCCAAAGUUAGCUGAUGAGGAGAGGGAGAAAGGUAAUGAGAUGUUCAAGCAGCAGAAGUAUCCAGAAGCAAUAAAGCAUUACAAUGAGGCUAUCAGGAGGAACCCGAAGGAUGCUAGGGUGUACAGUAAUAGGGCUGCAUGUUACACCAAGUUGGGAGCCAUGCCUGAAGGUCUUAAAGACGCAGAGAAGUGUAUUGAGCUAGACCCAACCUUCACCAAAGGGUAUACAAGAAAAGGUGCAGUUCAGUUUUUCAUGAAGGAAUACGAAAAGGCAAUGGAAACUUACCAGGCUGGGUUGAAACUUGACCCAAAUAACCAGGAACUGCUUGAUGGUAUAAGGAGGUGUGUUGAGCAGAUCAACAAGGCUAACAGGGGUGACAUAAGUCAGGAGGAUUUGCAGGAGAAACAGAGUAAAGCUAUGCAGGACCCAGAAAUCCAGAACAUCCUUACCGAUCCCAUCAUGCGACAGGUGUUGAUGGAUUUCCAGGAGAACCCUAGGGCUGCUCAGGAUCAUCUGAAGGACCCUGGAGUAGCACAGAAGAUCCAAAAGCUCAUAAACGCUGGAAUAGUCCAAACGAGAUGAUCAAGCAAAGCUAGAACGAAGCCAGGGGCGUUUGUAUUGAGAUUGUGCUCGGUUGUGUCACCAUUGUACACUGCUUCUCUGCCCAGCGUGAACGAACUUCUAUUGUAUGCCAUGGGGCUUUUCUGUUGGAUUCGUGAGUACAGCCUGCCACAACGUUAUUCCUGUUUACGGCUAUAUUAUGUUAUUACAGUUUUAUGUGGGCAAUGCCCCAUAUUAUUAGUUGUAGCCGUUUUUGCCUUCACAGUGGACAGACAACAGUAGAAUGUUAUUGUAUUUUAUUUCUUGCUCUAGGGAAAUGCUGUCAAUGGAGAAAAUUCAUUGCCGCC